AUGUGCCAGGCAUACGACCUUCAAGAUCCAGAAGCCGUGGCCGCAUACUUGCAGCAUGCAGACAUCCGCCUCAUCCGUGCGGAGUACCUUUACGAGCUGGUGAAGCAGAAGAGGACCCUGCCACGACGCCAAGAAGUUGAGGAAUGGGCCUUGGUGAGAGGGGCAGAAGUGCGCGAGUGGGCAGUAGGAUCACGGGAUGCAAUGAUUUGCGCAGUUUCCCAUCCAUGGGAGACUAGAGAGCACCCGGAUCCUACCGGCAGCCAAGUAAAAUGCUUGGCUGGUGUCGCGUCUGUCUAUGAUGCAGCGUACUUUUCGGACAUCUGGUUUUUCCUUGAUUAUGUUUCCUUGUUUCAAUAUAAGCGGACGCCGCAACAAGAUGAGAGCUUUCGUCGAGCGAUGGAGAACAUGCACGUCCUGUUCUGCCACGAGUGUACCUGGACUUUUCGUCUAGAAGGUCUGACCCCAGACGCUGUUUGGCAGAACAGCUCGGAGCAUCAAGUCCGAGUUUACGACGCAAAGAGUGGCAUCGUCCGGGCGCAUCCUCUCAGCGGCCUGAUAUCCAACCGACUUCCGUAUCGGAGUCGCGGUUGGUGCGUGGCCGUAGCCGAGUGGUCGUCGUUGAGGAGCAAGACGGAACAGAACCAGCGCAUCGACUCCCCUCUGCCGGGCUCUUCUGAGAACCAGUUGCAUGGCAAAGCUCCCACAGCUCCAGCGGUCUUUGCGAUGACAGCUACUAAGUUGAUGUGUACGCAUCGUUCUGAUCUUGAAGCAGUGAUUCAGCUUCAGCGCGAGAUAUUCUAUGAGAAAGUGGAGGUAUGCAAAGAGGCGCUCUUGACAAACCUGCCAGAAGGCGAGCUGGGACAGCUGGCAAAAGUACUGCCGCACUACAGGAGACUGAAGGUGCUGCGGCUCCGGAACCUCGCGGUGGGGCGAUCAGAGGCAGAGGAUUUCGGCAAGGCACUAGCGUCGAACGACACAGUGGAAGAGCUCGAGAUCAAGUCUGCUCAGGAUCGGUCUGGCCACCUCGUCAAGGCCGUUCGGGAGGUGCUCAGCAGGAAUAGCACGAUCACGAAGGUUCGCUUCACAUACAGUGAAAUCGACGAUGAGGGGGCCAAGGCCUUUGCAGAUGUGCUCAAGACAAACUCCACCGUCACCAACAUCGACUUGAGGGGGAAUGCCAUUGGUGAUGAGGGCACCAAGGCGCUUGCAAACAUGCUGCAGAUCAACAACACAAUCACCAAUAUCGGCAUAGAAGGAAAUCCCAUCGGUGUCGAGGGUGAUGAGGCCAUCGCACGAGUGCUUUCAACAAGGCUCACGUCCUUGGCCAUAGAUGGCGGUUCAGAGGCUCCCACAGCCGCGGCUGAUGCUUGGACGGGACGAGUGCGCAUCCAGGGCCUUGCGGAGCAACUCAAGAACAAUUCCAGCACCGCCCACGUGAGCCUCAAGAUGUGUGGCAUUGAUGAUGAGGGUGCCAAGGCCCUUGCACGCAUGCUCCAGUUCAAUAUCACUGUCAGCAACAUCGACUUGAGGGGGAAUGCCAUUGGUGAUGAGGGCGCCAAGGCCCUUGCAGAAGGCAUAAUGCACAACGUCGCGAUCACCAACUUUCGUCUCGGGCAUAACGAGAUCGGAACGGACGGUGCCAAGGCUAUUGCAGAGGCGCUGAUGGUCAACACCACGGUUACCAACAUUGACCUCAAGGGCAAUCCGAUCGGUCCGAAGGGUCGCGAGGCCGUCGCAGAGGUGGUUCAACGAAGCGUGACGCCCUUGGUGGUGGAUGGUGAUUCAAUGGAGGAGUUCAAAAUGCAUUUCGACGACUGGCAGCGCAGCGGCUUUGCUCCGCUUCCCGUGGUGCAGCUCUGCUUCGUGGGGCAGGGCCGUGCCGGCAAGACUACAACACUGAGGCGACUGAGUGGAGAACCGGUGCAGGAAGGCAAAGAAGUUUCCACACACGGAGUGGAGCUUUGGUCUGGACAGGCGCAGCGUGAUCUCUCUUCUGCGUGGCAGACAUGUGGGAAGAGUUCUUUCGAUGCUAGCGCGGUCGAUGCCAUGCGAAAGAGGAAGCGUCAUGAAGAGCGGCAACUAGAGCAAGCCCGAGGUCAAAAACAGAAGGCAUCGAUUGAGGCAAGGCCUGGCCACCAACAGGUUGAGCGGCGCGACACGUCGCCAUCUGCAGAAGAUACAGCUGCAUCAGCAGACCUACCAAAGGAGCAGGACGCACCCCUGCAAGCGGACGAGACCGAGCCGAACGAAUCGCUUCGUCGAGAUCGGACCAACGAGGCUGCCCAGCAGAAGGAAGAGGAGUCCCUGGGCCCCAGACUUAUGGAUAACGAGCUCUUCUUGGAGAUGAGCAAUGCUGACUUCAAGGACGAGCCCUCACGGCCGAGGCUACAAUGCUGGGACUUCCCUGGGCAAGCCGACUAUGCUCAGUGUAAUCUGCUUUAUUUCCACGGCCGAGGCAUUUACCUAGUAUUCGUUGAUGUCAGCCUGCCACUGGAAGAGGCCUGGCACGAGCUGCGCUUUUGGCUCUGGGCUGUAGCCCAGUAUGCUUUCGAUAACGGUAAGACUGCAAACGACACCGAUUCGGCUCCUCCGGUUGUACUGGUUGGCACGAAAUGGUGCAACAAGCAGCUGGACGAGCAAUAUUUAGACUGGCGUGUGGAAACUUUCAGAGAGUACGUACCAAGACUGAAAAGUCAGCUGCAGAUGGGACCUGGCCCGUCCAGUUCAUGUCACUCCAAAUGGGUUUUCCCAAUUGAAAACUUUGCUGACAAUGUGGAGAGCUACAUCAGCCCGCUCCGUGAGAGGCUGAACGAGCUGGCUGCAGAGCUGCUUCUGCCUGCGAAGCAUGACACUGUGAACCGAAAGCCACAUGCUGGUCUGCAGUCACGAACAUACCAUGCGUCUUGGUGCAGGGCUCAUGACCUCCUCACCGGCCUUGGAGAUGGCAUGGACCUCGCGGUCCCAUGGACGCAGCUACCGUCAGCAGUAAAAGGGCCAAACCACUGUUUCAACCUGAAGUCCGACCAGUCCAUGAAGACCCGCAACGGCGAGAAGAUCCUGGUUCCAGAGGGUGCACUUGUCCAAGUCCUGGGAAGUGCCGAGAGCGGCAAGGAUCUUCUCGUGAAGGUCUCAUGCACGUCGCUUGCAUUAUCGCAGGUGAAGAGGAUUUUGGCCGGCUUGAAACCCAGGCCAAUCGUGGGUGAAGAGGUGUUCAAGGUGUUGAGCUUGCUGCACAGCCUGGGCACCCUGUUCUGGUUUCCCGAGGAAGGGCUGAGAGAGAACGUGCUAUUAGCAGUCCAAAGGGUGGCGGUGGCAUUGACGCGGAUCAUCAGCGUGCGCUUCUGGGCUGAGAAGCGGCUCGAGCACUCAGAAGCCUACAAAAAGGAGCUGCUUGCAUGCCUGUCAAAACAGACCGCCGGCAUUCGCCGCUUGAACACCGAGGGGCUGGUGAAUCGAAAGUUCCUUCAGGAGCUGUGGGCACAGGACUUCGGGCAAGGCAAGGGAGAAGACAGGAGAAAGGAGGACGGAAUGAGCAACAUCUUGCUACAGAUUAUGGAGCAGAAGGGGCUGAUACUGAAGCGUGCCUUCAAGGACGAUUUUAUCGUACCUUGCUGCCUACCUGCGGCAAUUGUGCCAGAAUCAGCACGAGAAGCUUGCAAAGUCCGUUACCUCAGUCUGGGAGGCCUGGUUACACCAACUAUCUUGUCACAAACAGCAGACAGGAUAUGUAAGAGCGAGCGUGGAUCGCAGAAGUUGAGCCCGGGUCCUCCUCAGCUGUUCCGAAACCAUGUGGAGCUGAGCUCGGAUACGGCACUGAUCAGUUUGUCUCUUUCACCUGCGGACGGCUUUCAGCUACUUCGAAUCCGCGUGACAUCACCAUCGUCCGCAACUUUGUCCGAAGAGGAUGCAGAAGCCGAGGUGAACCGCAUUACUGACCUCUUCCUGGACUGUCUUGGCAUUGAGCAGCGAACGAGAAGCAAACUGGUCACUUCCAGUGAAACGACUCCAGUCGACCCCGAGCUGUUGCUGGCUGGACGGCUGAUGUCAGAUGUCGGUUUCCUGAAGCAGCGCUUUUUGCCUAACCUCAGCUUGGAUCUGGCCAGCGUUGUACGCCGUGUCUGCGUGCUUAGCGACGUCCGGCCUGCAGGAAGCUUCCGCUUUUGCGCCAUGCACUAUCCGUGUGAUGUUGAUAUGGAGGAGUACGUGGUGAGUGUGGAAAAGGACCGAAACGCCGCACUGAGCUGCCUUGCCCGGUGGCUGAAACGCGUUGUUGAGCGGUGUGAGCAAGAAGCAAACAUCUAUUGGGGUGGGUUGAAAGCCGGGAAGUGUCCAGCGAAGUCAGGGAAGGUCCUAACAUGGAGCACGGACGAGCUAUUGAAGGGCAAGAAAGUUUGUGCAGUCGGCAGUCGUCAAGAAACGAUCCUCUUUGACAAGGCUCUUGAACAUGGAAACAAGUCCCGGACAGCUUUCAUCACAGUCUUUGCAAAAGUCAGCUUGUUCAGCGAUCAACCGUCGGCAUCGCGCUUUUUCGAGGUCACGAAUGUGAUCCGCUUCGGGCAUGUGAGCAACGGCCAAGUAAUUCCUGUUACAGAGGAGUACGACUUCCUUGAGGUCCUAGAUGCAUGCUCAUACAGCUAUUCCGGUGCAACUCCCAAGGCAAUGAAGUUCGUGAAGCGCCUGUGGGAAAGGGCAGCAUAUUUGGCGCAGCGCAACAUGGCUGUCAGCGAUUCCCUCGUCAUGCUCAAGGCUCUUCAGCCAAUAUUUGGCCACUGGGUGGCGGAGCUGGCCCAGAUCGCGGCCCAUGCUGAGACUUUGCACGCAAUGCUGGAGAAGGGGUUCAAGGAGCCAGUUCUCUCCGACCUGAAGGUGUUCGGCGACAGCCUCGAGUGCAUGAGGAACCAGAUGCAAGGGAUCAAAGCCGAUACGCCGGAGUCUGACUCGGAGCGGAGCUGGGAGCCGGCGGCAGCAGCCGAAGUUCUGGAGACCCUCGAGCAUCUCAUGGGGUGCUUGUCGCAAGGAUCAGCUGAUGGUGGCCAGCUGGAGCGGAAGCUGAAAGAGGGACAGGAUCUUCUGGAAGGAUGCGUGGAGUUUGCUUUGAACCAGUGGCUGGGAAGCUUCAGGACGCAACUCACUCGAUCUCUCCAUGAGCAUUGGGAGUUUCCCUCGGGCCACUUGCCGAUUGGGGCCGAAGUUGAAUCCAUCCGUGUAUGCUCAUGGCAUCUGCAAAGCUUGAGCAGCUCUCGCAUCAGUUCCCGGAGCCAUGAAGGACAUCAACAAAGCAUCGUUGGAUUGAUUAUUGCAAUGCUCCGGGACUCGAAAAGUCGCAAGCACGUGCUCUGCCUCCAAGGAUGCUGGCAAGAGCUGCUAGAGCAAGUUCGUCACGAGUUUACGCAAAUGUGGGAGUCCUUUGGGGUACUACGAACUGGGAGUGAUGCAGAGCCAGACAAUCAGCAGGCCAUCAUCUACGACAAAGAGCACUUGGUGGAGAAGAGCUUUUCACCAGAUUUCCGGGCAAAGGCUGUGACAGUGGCGCAGUUCUUGCUCAAGAAGGGAGCUCGUCAGCUUCGAAUUAUAACAGCGCAUCUUCCAGCGGAGCCUUUCCGUCAUGCCUGUCGUGAGCUUUGCGAGUGCGUCCGAAGGCUCCACGAUGAUGCCCAGAUCCCAACGCUCCUCUUGGGCGAUUUCAGCGUGCAGGAGCAGGCCAUCGGCGCGCUGCUGAAGCAUCAUGCCAAAGUUCCCAUCAAAUUUGCGCCGGUGCCGUAUCCAACUGCCAUCUUCGAGGGCUCGCUGCUUCCGAAGCGGACGGACGCAAUCGCCGUGCUUUCGGAGGAUCUCAAGGCAACGCCGCUGGAAGCCUUCCAGGUUGUCGCCGGCCUGGAGACGCAUGCGGAGCUACUCAAGUCGAGGUGUCUCGGGCUAGCCGACUGGGACACGGAUGGAAGCUUUGCAGACAUCGCCGCUGCGAGCGAGACAGGUCAGUCAGCCCGGCCAGAUCGGCAAUUGCAUCUGAGCAUGCCUGCAGGAAGACCUUUGCAGGCGCUGCAAGGCGCUCGCUCGACGGUGAGGGGAGCAGAGGCGCCGAGCACGGAGCAGAAGGAUACAGUGCCGCAGGAGCACGUGGACCCGGCCUCUGGAAAUCUCUUUUACUACAGCAGGACGACAGGCGAGUCCAGAUGGGACAAGCCCGCUCCAGAAGCAUCAAGCUCUGUUGGAAGCCUUCCUGCCGAAGAGCCGUCAAGUCUUCGAGUCCUUCCGACGGACUGGGAUGAGCACGUGGAUCCAUCCACAGGACAUGUCUUUUACCACAACACGACGACAGGGGAGUCCACAUGGGAAAAGCCCACUGCGGAAGCAUCAGGCUCCGUUGGAAGCCUUCCUGCUGAAGAGCCGUCAAGUUUUCGAGUCCUUUCGCCCGACUGGGACGAGCACGUGGAUCCAUCCACGGGAAAUGUCUUUUACUACAACAAGACGACAGGGGAGUCUAGAUGGGACAGGCCCCUUUCGCCCGACUGGGAUGAGCACGUGGACCCCGACACUGGAAAUCUCUUUUACCACAACAGGACGACAGGCGAGUCCAGAUGGGACAAGCCGUGA